AUGAGUGUUGCGGCCUCUGAUAGCACUAGCGGCAACGGAAGCGACAGGCUUGCAUUACUUCUCGACCAGCUCAACCAUUUCGCCGACUCCCUCCUUGACAACAGCAAAGACCCGAUCCUACAAGCCUGGCAUCGCCUCAAAGCCGAAUUCAACACCAGCUCCGUCCUCCCCGAAGCCUCGGACUGCAUCGCCGAGUUCCUCUUUGCAUCGUGGGCCGUCAUCAAUGUCCAUGAAAGCAUCGUCUCUUUUGCCUGCCAACGGCUGUACCAAGACCAGAUCAAGCGCCUCAAAUCCUCCCCGCGAUCACGGCUAUCAUCCAUUGCAAAGAUCCUCCAUAGCGACAGAGAGGUGUGCUUUUUCGUUCUCGAUAAGCAGUCAGGCAAUACAACUGUAGUCAACGCCUUUGGGACUCUACAUGAAAAGCAUCCGGACGUCGGACUUGUUGAGUUUUGCAAAAAGGCUGAGGAUCGAUGUCGGGAGCUGGCGACAUUAUCUAGGGAUGUGAGCCGACAGACGCUGGUUCGCGAGACGUUCAAGGGGAGCGACAUUUGGCCUGGGGCUGCUACUCGCCAGGCCAUCAAGAUCUCUGGUCCCGAAGACGACAGUAAAGGCCAGACAGCAGUCUCCGCUCGCGCCUCCGCCCAUGCCUCCGCCAAACGUUCAGCCUCACGCGACUCUUGCCUCGAAAGACAAACCUCCCCAGUCCGCAACAACCCCAAAUCCCCGACCGCAUCGCCUCCCGUAUCUCCACCUGCUGGUCUUAGCCUUGACCUCGACGACGAUCAGGGUCCAAUCUCGAGCCCAGAGUUAGGUCGUCGCUAUGAUCUCUCUGAGAUUCCCGCAAUCGACGACUACGACUUGGACAUCUCACAAAACCCACGGAGCCCUUCUCUUGACGGAGACCUCGAGAUGAUGGCCUUUUCGCCAUUGCACGGUUCGCAUGCUGGAGAGUCCGUGGGCGGCAACAGCCAUCGAUCGACCAAGAGAAAGGCCGACAUCUCGAUAAUACCCCCCAACAAGCGUCUGGUCAUCAAGUUUGACCCUUGGAAGCCCUCCAAGAAAAGUCGCCUCGUCGUGGCUCCUCUCCAACAGCUCCUCCAUUCCUCCAAGACACGACUCUCACCCGAACAGGAUCUCGACGACAUCAUCGUCAAUACCGCAAUCUCGCGCUUGUCAUCCCCCUCCGUCGCCGUAAUGGACAGUCUUUUCCCCGAAUCAGCCCAGCAGCAACGCAUCGCCCAAUCCCAAGGACUGUUCCGCUCAAAGUCCGUCGUCCUCAUCCCCGCAUGCGAUCGGUCUUCUCAUCACUGGAGAUUGUACUGCUGGAGACAUCCCGCAACACUCGAGGUACUGGAUUCAAUGCGCACCUUGGUUGAUAACACUACGACCAAUGUUAAAGAUGCCAUAGCGGCUGCGACGGGCAUUGACGACAUCAACGUGUCGUAUGUUGAGUGUACUCAGCAGCCCAAUGCGUUUGACUGCGGCCUUUACACUGUCAAGUUUGCACAGCAGAUUGCCUCAGGACACGAUCCAGCACUUGAUAGCAUGCCGUUCGAAUCAACCACCUACCGAGCCUAUAUUACCUCCGGUCUCCUCACCUCAGAGUCAGCAAGCCUUCCCCCCUGGACACCAUCUGGACAACAGCUGUUUCCGAUCAUGAUGAGACUCUGGAAGCGCCGCAACGCGUACCGUCUCUUGGAUCAAUCCCCAUCACUGUUGCCGGCUGUAUGCAACCUAGACCUCUGUGCGCUCGAGCAGAUGCAGGUUGGCUUGGAAAUACUUUACACCACUUCCCAAUCCUAUCACUCACGCCACCGGACCCUCCUCACCCAGGCACUACAAGGACACACCAACGAUUGCUCUGUGUCAGCCAUGCCAGCUUACGCUGGCCUUGACGCCCUCAAAGAGUUUUGCCGUAUCCGUCAAAGACUCUCCGACGAGUCCACCGACCCCGGAGCUAACGAAAGCCAGCAUAUGAACGCAGCCCAAGUAUCCGUACAACUUCACGUGGACGCUUUGGAACGAGAAUUGAAAGAGAAGCAGCGGCUUCUGCAUGAGGACACCCAAGCCGCGUAUCGGGAAUGUGUAGUAUCGAUUCUUAUUCUUAGAUACACUCGAAAGAAGUUUGAUCGUCUGCACGGAGCUUUUCUUGAGAAGAAGUCUUGCUAG